AUGACUUCACCGAAACCCUGGCACGGGGGGCUAAGUGGGUACUCGAUCUUGCCCAAGGAUCUCCCACAGACUAGUGGAGGGAAGGAGGCGUCCUACUUCUCCAUUCUAGACCUGCUCCAAGCUAGGCCUAGCCACUGCCCACUGGGCCGAGUAACAUUGGUUACUCAUGUUGCAACGCAGGGACGCGACGACUUUCCCCAAUGGGUGACUAAGUACAACGUGAAUUACAGUCUGACGGGAGAUCAGUGGCAGAGUUACGAAGACGAGAAUGGUGUGAUUAAGGUGUUCCCUGGCAACUCAGAUCAGACCACUCUGGUGAAGAACGAGUUCUUCCCUUUCAUCAAGACGCGUUACGUCAGGAUUUUAGUUCAGGCUUGGUACUAUCAUAUCACUAUGAGAGCUGAGUUUUACGGAUGUGCAGCUUGACUUAGUUAGACACCUUUGCAUUGGGCGAUUUCAUUUUAAGCGAAUUCCAUUCUUGGUGUAGGGGGUUCGAAGAACAAUGAUUGACGCCUUUCCUAUUGAUGGCUUUUCUAUUUGAAGUUGGUACUUUUGAGGGCGAAAUAUGGAAUGUGAUAUUCUAAUGAAAAUAAAGAAGUCCAAUAAGACGUUUUAAAAUUAACACACGUGCAUCGCAUUAGACCAAAACAAAAUGCAAGCCACAAUUUGCACUUUGCACAAUAUUUAUUGCGGCCCUUGUGGCCUAUGUUAAUCUUUACACCUGUAAACGUGAUAGAUUGAGUUUUCAAUAAAAGGAGAAUAAGACAAUCACUACAAA